GAUUGGUCAUCCCGAGGCGGGUCCUUUGGUUUUCCUCGUUUUCGUCGCUCGAACCGUCAGAAACAAAACAGCUCUCGUCCACUCAACGACGCAACUUCGUCCUCGUCAUUAUUAUUAUUAUUAACUACAUUAUUAUUGAAUUAUACGAAUACGUAUGUUCGUACGAAAAAUCGCCUAAUGUGUCGCGUUACCGUUAAUCAUAAAUAUACGCGAUUUUUAAAUAGUGAUUUUUUACCAGUUUUUAAACUACCCAUUUGGGAAUAUACGUAUAAUAAGCAUUAAAGUCCGAUAUUUCGGCAGUGUCUAUCUUAUUGUACGCGCAUUUUUUUUUAUUCGAUAUAUAACGCCUUCGCGAGCCGAGUGCGCGCUUUUUAUCUCGAGGAUAAAUUCGACGAGAAAAAAAGAAAAUCAAGUUGAAAAAACACUGAAUCAUUCCUCGUGACAUUUCGGGAUUUUGAGCACGUUGCUCGGAAUUAGAAACGCCGAGACGAAUAAUAAGUGAGAGUGACUCGAUCGUUUCCAAGAGCUGGUAGAUUGGAAGAAAAUUUUGGCCUAUGCCAAGAGACACGGUGGAUUUUACCUCACCGUUACGGACAAGGUCCGUGGCAGUUUUUAAAAAUGGUCGGUUAUCAUCACACGGAUGCGAUAGGAGUUAAGAAGGAAGGCGUCCAAUUGGGUCCGAGCGGCGUUGUCGUCAGGAGCAGCCUCGAAGGGAUGGUGAAUCCCGUGAAGAGUUUGGUUUGUAGUCCGGAUUUGUCGGUGUUCGGUGCGGGGACGGGGGCGAGCGAGCGUUUGGGCGGCAACAACAGCAGCGUCGAGGACAACAAGACGUACCAGUGUUUGAUAUGCCAAAAGAAUUUUGAGGCGAAGAGCGUUUAUCAGAGCCACUUGCGUUCCCACGGCAAAGACGGCGAGGAUCCGUAUCGGUGCAACAUUUGUAGCAAAACGUUUGCGGUACCGGCCCGCUUGACGCGCCAUUAUCGCACGCACACGGGAGAAAAGCCCUAUCAGUGCGAAUACUGCAACAAAUCGUUUUCCGUGAAGGAAAAUCUGAGCGUCCAUCGUCGCAUACACACGAAGGAACGUCCGUACAAGUGCGACGUGUGCGAGCGAGCUUUCGAGCACAGCGGGAAGCUGCAUCGUCACAUGAGGAUACACACCGGGGAGCGGCCUCACAAGUGUUCCGUAUGCGCCAAAACCUUCAUUCAGAGCGGCCAACUCGUAAUUCACAUGCGCACUCACACAGGAGAAAAGCCCUACGUAUGCAAGUCCUGCGGCAAAGGAUUCACGUGCUCCAAACAGUUGAAGGUUCACACGCGAACCCACACCGGUGAAAAACCCUACACGUGCGAUAUUUGCGGCAAAUCCUUCGGCUACAAUCACGUACUGAAGCUCCACCAGGUCGCCCACUACGGUGAAAAAGUUUACAAGUGUACGCUCUGCCACGAGACUUUUAAUUCUAAGAAAACGAUGGAAUCCCACAUAAAAACUCACUCGGAAUCACCCCGAGACUCGCCCAUCGAGCCCGUCAUCGAAAUCUCUUCCGUACACCAUCAACAACAAGCCUUGCCACCGCCCCCGCCAGCCCCGCCACUCGCAUCGUCGCCACAUCAACACCAGCAAAGAUCGCAGCUUCACCAACAGGAGCAACAUCAAAACGAUAAUCCGUCGGUGCAACAGCCUCCUCAAACUCCCUCGUUGCAAGUCCAUCAACAAUUAUCUCAAGUUCCACUCGCGUCGCAUCUUCCUCAAACCGCCAACACCCACCCUAGCGGCAGCCCGCCGCAUCAUACCUCGUGCAACAGUAACAGCAACGAUAAAGAGAACAAGACUGAAGAAACCUCUCAAAAUUAUGCUUAUUCGCAAUCCCGGGACUUCUCGUACUAUUUUUAUUUCCGGGAAUCUGCCCAACAGCACCAGCAGCAGCAGCAGCAGCACCAUCACCACCACCAACAACAACAACAACAACAACAACAACAACAACAACAACAACAACAACAACAACAUCAACACCAAAAUGCUCAGGUUGUGUAUCGACAAGAUAAUCAAUUGCAUAACGGAGAAAAUGGAGAACGAGAUAACGGCGUAGUACUGUCCACCGGCGUAAACCCAGCGCUCUUGGCAGCCGCCGCUGCCGCGGCAGCGGCCGAAGAUCGAAACUUUCAGCAACAACACCAGCGCCGCUCGUCGCCGCCCAUCGCUUAUCAAAGUGACAACAACGAUCGUCGCAGCGGCGCUUGUCCCGAAUCUGUCGCUCCCGAUUCUUCUCCUCUUUCGUCCUCCUCGUCGACUUGCUCUUCCUCCUCCUCCUCCUCCUCGUCUCACGUUUUCCUCUAUCCUGACAUAAUCUCACCGGCAUAUUCCAAUUAUUCGCUACAAGCGAGCGACUGCAUGAGCAACGGGGACGAUUGUUGCUCCUCCGCCCUUCUCAAUCUACCCGGAAACGAUGCUCGCCGUCGAGUCGAAGCCGCCCUCGAAGCGGUAGAGGAAGAUCGCCAGAGGGAAGAAGAGUACAGCGCUAUCACAGCCGCAGCGGCCGCGACUGUCCAUCACAUUCAUGAUUUCCAAGACGAAAAUCGGCAACACAUUCUCACUCCGCCGAGCAGCAAUCCCGUGAGUCCAGCACCGCCCUCACCCGACCCCCUCGAUCUCGUUGUGCCAAUUCGAGAAACGCUCAUUUUGCCGCCCCGUAAACGAUGCAAAAUGAUUUUACAAUCUAUGGAAACCGAGCGCACCGAAUUGGCCUCGCAGAGACACAGCUCGGUCAUACAAUUCGCACGGGCUUCUUAGUCCCCUCUCGAUAUCGAUGCCAGCUUCUUCGGUUUCUUCGUCCAAUGGCGAUUUUACUUAUUAUUAUCAUCACAUUCAUUCUUAUUAUUUUUAUUACUCAAUUGUUAUUUUUUGCGAUUUCGAACCAUCGAAAAAUUCGGCCCGUCUUUAUCCACGGUAUAUUUAUGCAUAUAGAUGUAUAUAUAUAUAUGUACGCACGUGUAUCUCUCUCGUUCGUAUGGUUUCUUGUUGAAUUUUCUGAGUUUAGUAUUAUAUUAUUUAUCACACCGCGUGCUCGUGCGUGCACUCGAUAAAAUGGUUUAUCGAUCAAUUCGUCUUUUGAAGUAUUUCGAAAAGCAUGAUUACGAGGAACAAAAUUCGGAUAUCGGGGAGCUAAAAAUUUGUAAAAACACCCGAGCUGGUCGCUCGCCGUGGCGGUGACCGAGCACCGUCUUCUUCCUGCCGCGACACCCAACGAUUCGGCCGAAGGAUCAUUUUUUUGUUGUUAAUUUUUUUCACGAGAAAUUUAUUUUCAAUUUUUAUCGAUUGAAGUAAAAUCGACGAAUCGUUCGACGAUCGUCAAACGUAUAUUAAGGAAUUUUAGAGAGAGAAAGAGAGAGAGACAUUUUAAGUAUAUAUACAUGUAUAUAUAUCAAGCGUUUGUGACGUCGCGCAUGACGAUCACGCAGCAGAUGGAUCAAAUUGAGAUAAAAAAUCAGGAAAAACAAAUGGAAGCUCGCAAAAGUGAAUAAGAUGAACAAAAGAAGCAGAGGAGGAGGAUGAUGAGGGGGGGGGGGGGGGCGAAAAAAAUCAUCCAGCCCCGAGGACACGAAAUGACUAAACAUGGAAGUUUUGAAGAAGCACCAAACAAUUUUGAUAUCUCUGUGAUAUAUUUACAAGAAACUCCGUACUAACCCGAGUAUUGAAUGUACAGUUGAGCCCACUGCCAGUACAAUUGCGUAUUUAAAUAACUGUAUACAUUAAUGGUUAACGAAAAAAAAGUCAAGAUAAAACAAGUCGAACGAAAACAGUAAUUGUCAAAGGGAAAAAAAUGAAGAAAGACGAAAAAAUGCGUCUGCACGGACGUGCAUCACGGCAUAAAACACAUUCGUACUAAUUAAUCAAUAAGUCGACACUUUGGUCAUAUUGGAACAUUGUUAUGCGCAUCUCGUCAUAACGCAUCUUCGUCGAAAACCGUCGAGAAGGCGCGGGGAGGAGAGGGACAAGAUAAAAUAAGUUUAGGGAAAGUUGGAAUCCCCGUAGGGGUUUCCGAACUGCGUGUCAAAAACGGUUGAAGGAGCCGUCGAGCGCUGCACUCUGUACACGUAUAUCUAAUAAUAUGCACUAAUCUCGUUCAUGCGGUUAAGUAUACAGAGGGGCGGGGGGCAGAGGAAUAGUAUCGAAAUUCAGGCGAGUGUGCGUGUGUGUGUAUAAAACGCGGUUUCGUCACGUUCGUACACACACGCAUGUAUAUUAAUAUAUAUAUAUAUAAUAUAUAAAAUGAAAAAUUUGACGGUACACAAGCAAUUUCGAUAACGAAUUUGAUCGUGAAUCCAACGACGAGUAAAGAACAAGAAAAGCACAUAAAUUUGUGUCGUUUGGUUUCGAUUUUUUCGUUCUUUUUGCUUUAAAACUAUUUGAUAAAAAUCACAAACACACUGCUUCUUUGUGUGACUAUUAGUAUAAUAUUCGGCCACUGUGUGGCGUCUUGGACUGACUACCGUGUAUCGACUUUUUAUUUCAACAUAAUUUAAAAAAGCAAACACAUUUUUUUACCCUCAUCGUAAACAUUUAUCACUUAACAUUCGUGUUAUUGUAAUAUAAUCUUUAAUACCCUGUUUGUCGUUGAUAGAAUUUUUGGUCGUUGUCGAAACUGUAGAGACGAAAAAAAGAUGGCUCGAAUUGAAAUUCCGGCGGGGGCAGCAGUGUUAUCAAAUGCUUUUUUCCGUCUUCGGUACCGUUUCAUCAGGGAUGAUAGAGAACGUUGAGUCGCUGUACACAGAGUGUCCCCGAUACAGGGGGAAAAAAUUUCGAGAUUGCCAGAGAUCCCAAAGUAAUGGAGUUCAAAGUUCUUUGAAAGCGAUCUUUCGUAACACGUUUAUCGGUUUAAAGCUAGUCAAUGCGAAGCUAGACAACGGAGCAACCGCCGGGCCUGCCUCGGUGAAUCGGAUUGGCUGUCCCUGUAUGCUCGACAAUUCGAUUGCCCGCCCCUCGGAUCCCCAAUAUCAACGAGGUCUUGUCUUUCCAGAAUUUUUUUUCACACACAAUCUUCGAAAUUUUCUUCUCCGUACAUGGGACACUCUGUAUCGUACAUACACGUAUGGGAAUACAGGAAAGGAAUAUUUCUCACAUACCGUGUUGUGCCUCGUAGGUCCAUUGGCUUCUCUCGUUGCAACCUUACAAUAGCGAGUACGUAUGACCUUGAAAAAAGCAACACAAAUACACUUUUUUCACCACGUACGCGCCUUUCUACGAAGGAAA